UCGUGGUAUUUUAAAUAUUUUCCUUCCCCUCCUCCCCCAUGACAUCAUACCGUUCAUGACAUAUUGCGUAUUUCGUUUUGAAAUCAAAGUUAUGCAGAAAAAAUACAUUGUAAACAGUGAAAGCGAUAAAUUAUUUUGAAUAAUUUAAAUUGUGAGAUAUCAGGAUAACAAUUUUUUUUAGAUUUUUAUUUUAUAUCCUUUUUUUUUUUUUAAAGUUUAUGAUUUUUUUGCCAAGUGAAUUGUACUUAACCUUACAAAAGAAUAUAUAAACUGCGUAUUUUGUUUCUACGAAUAGAAAAGAUAGAAGAUAUUUAUUUGCUCCAGAAUUAUCAACAGUAAUGAAUGCAAGUGGAAGAAAAUUAAGAUCUGGUAAGAUAACUAAUAAAGUAGCUGGCAAUGGAAAAUCUGCGAAGAAGGCUGACCCCAAAACAGAAAAUAAAAAGGUAAUGACCAAGACAGUAACCAGGGCAAUGACCAAAACUUUGAAAUCAAAACCUGCAAAAUCUGACUCUAAUAAUAAAAAUAAUGUUAAAGAAGAGAAAGAAAAUGAGAGCAUGUUAAAAACAAAAAGAAAGAAUAGUCUUAAAAAUAGGACUACGAAGCGUGUAGUUUUAAGUAGUAAAAGAAAAGCGAAUAUUUCUGAAGUAGAAAAGUCAACGGGCUUACGACAAAUGUCUUUGAAAGAAUCUUUUUUGAAUCAAGAAGCUUUAUCCAAACGACUUCGUCCGAGAAAAGAUUGUAGGAAUUAUUGCGAAGAUUCUGUUGUACAAAAAACAAGUAUAUCGUCUCAACAAGAAAAUGAUCCAACAGCGAGCAGUAAGUCGAAGUUGCCUGUGUAUAAAUCCAUAAAACUCAAUGAAAGUUUAAGAAAUGUAAGUGAUAUAUAUGAUUUUAAAUUUGAUGAAAACGACUCUAAAGAAAAAUUAAUGGGUAAAAGAAAGAAACGUAUCAUUAAAAGAGCAGUACAAAAGAAAACCAAGAAAACUAAAUCCGUUGUACAGAACAAGUUGAAAGAAGUGCGAGUGGUUUUAGAAAAUAUACCUAACGAUCCAGUAACAUUAACUAACACUAAAAAAAUUAAAGUCAAUACUGAUAAAACACAUGCAUUACCAUCAACCAAUAUUGUAAAGAAAUCCGACGAUGAUGUUAAACAAAAUAAAUUAAUGCCAUCGAUUGAAACCAAUAACUUGAAAGCUGAAUCUAAUAACUUUCAACAUUUAGAAGUGAAUGAAGUACCAUUGAUGCAAAGUGUUUCUGAAGAUAAUGAAAAGACACCACAUACUAAAUUAUUGGGACCUAAAAUAAUUUCUGUCGAAAAUAUAAAUAACACAGAUAUAUCACACAUGAUUAAGACUACACCAUUAAAAUCACAACAAAAGACAUUUGCACCAUUCAGAAAAACGAAUAUUUUUGGUAACAAGGCUAAAUCGUUCUCUGAAAGUACGAUAAACGAUUCGUUAAUUAGCAAAUCUUUGUCACCAAUUAAAAGGUUGACAGCCAAUUUUGAUGCUGGUAGUCCUUGGAGAUUGUCACCAGUGAACACAUUUUCUCAAAUGAAGAGUCUAUUCCAAAGUACGCCACAGCCUAAGAUGUUGCAAAUAUUGGAAAGUAAAAUAAAAAGAGGUACGAAAGAUCAAGCUAUUAAAUGCUUGGAGAGCAAUAAGAACAACAAGUUAUCGGAAACGAUUAGCGAAGAUGUAAAUAUCCAGAAAACGUUUGAAAAAUCUAAUUAUUCUAACAGAAAAGUUGGACAAGUCGUGAGAAAGUUUGGAAGAGAAAUUACAAAUUUAGAUAAUUCUGUACCAGUAAGCAACGAGAAUGUUGUUAACGAACAUGAAGAAGUGGAAAGUAAUAAAGAAUUAAGACUUUCAAAUAAAAAUUUGCAGAAUACAAUUGGUAUUACAUUGAUGAAUACUCCUGUGUUAAAUGAUACAAAAGAAGAUAAGGAGAACGCUGCACCUAAAUCUCCUUCAAAAUCUCCUUCCAAAUCUCCUUCCAAAUCGAAGAAUUUUUUGAAAAAGAGAUUAAGAAAAACUACUGAUAUUAAUUUCUCUCCUAAACGCAAGAAAAGUUGUAUAGAGGAUAAAGAGAAUUCAAAUAUCCAAUUGCAAUUGGACAACACACUGAAAUUGAAUCGCACCGAUUCUACGUUACAUUCCUCAGACAAAAAUCAAAAAGAAAAUAAAGACAUUUUUGAACCACAACCUGGACCAUCUGGUUUACAAAGCUUCAAAUCGCCCAAUCACAAACCAUUGCAACAAACAAAUUUAAAUGGUUUUUUAAAUCUACUGGAAGUACCAGAGAGUACUAAGAUAAGUACGAUUCAUGGUAUUUUUGAUGAUGCACAAUCAACGCCUAUCUAUGGUAAACCUUUUAAGCCUAUAAAAGCGACCAAUGCACAAUACAUGGAAUUGGACAAUGCUUUUGGAUUUAAUGACGUUAGCGAUACAAUUUUGGAUAUAUCGCCGAUUCAUCCUGACUCGGAGAAUGAAAAUAUAAAAGAUAAGAAAAUUUUGAAAAUAAAUGUGGAAGAAAAAAAAGAAUUGAAAACUAAUACAAAUGUAGAAGAAAUAAAAAGACCAUCAGAACUUCCUAUAAGAAUAUUACCAAGAGAAAUAAAAAAGAAUAUCGUGUCAGAAAAAGUAGAUUCUGAUGAAAACGAUAAAAAAGAUAAAAAAGAAAUUGAUAAGGAAAAUAUGACAGCAGAAAAAUCUUUGUCAGAGACAAAAAACAAAUUCAUAGACAUAGUAAAUUUUUCUGAUACAUUUGAUAUUUUGAAAGAAUCGAAAGAGAUACAGGAUGAUAAUUCGUUAAAUGUACCGUUAUUUGCCGAUCUUCCUACUCAUUUUUCAGAGCCUCCAAGGCGUUCAUACAAAAGAAAACGCAACGUCAGAUUUAACUUCCAAGAAAAUGAGAGUUCUGAAGAGGAAGAAAAUGAUAAUAAUGAUAAAGAAAAGAAAAGAAAAAAGAAAAAGUAUGGAAAAUUAAAGGGUCCUGAAGUGAAAAGAUUAGAGGAGUGGGUACAAAGUAUUAAUGAAACUUUUCAAGAAAUUGAUCAUUACGAUUUAGUUGUAGAAUAGAAAUUAUAAAAGCAGCAAAAAAAAUCAUUACACUAUCAUAAUUUUUUUAUUUUCGUAUACAUUUAU